CAGCGCUCAAAUCCAGCGAGGCCAUUCAGUGUGCUGCUGCCAUCGAUAGAGGAUGUGUGUCGCUCGUUGCUCCCAGUGAACAGUGUCUGGCGUGCCCAGUGCUUGCAGUGUUCUCAAAUUAUUUCGUUACUUCGUGGUGCGUUUUACUCUCGUACAGCUGUGGAUAGAGAAAAUAAAGACAAAAUGUUGACUUCAUCAGCCAAUCAAUAUCUUAGACCUGAAUAUUUGAGUCCCAUUCAAGGCAAUACCAUUGAAUUGGACGCCAAGAAAUCCCCGUUGGCGCUACUCGCCGCCACCUGUUCCCAGAUCGGCUCGGACGGCCCCCAAAAAGGCGAGGCCAAGCCAAAAGACUCCAAAUCCUCACCGGUCGCCAAAUCUCCGUCAAGCGUCGAAUCUUCCGACGAAUCCACGGCCAUCAAAAUUGCCUCAUUCAGACCCUACGAAAAAAAGAAAGAGGAUGGGGAUGAGGAACGAUCUUCUCCCUGCAGAAAAACUCCCACCCGACUCUCUCCUCCCUCUCAGGGAUCCCCAACAGUCAACGGCUGUCACACUCCCCACCACAACAGGUCGUCGUCGCGGGGAAGUGAUUCGGGGAGGCCAGCCUCGUCCUCUUCUCUGACCAGGAACCACAACGACACUCCCUCAUACUCGUCAUCUUCGUCGUCGACGUCAGUCAGAACCUCGUCCCCGUUAUCAGCCAUGCCUAAGCUGGGCUGCUUCUCAUCGUCCCUGGGUCUGGGCUCGCUAUCUGGGCUCAGUGAGCUCUGUAAGGACCCUCUGGCCGCCUACAAACUUUCACCUGGACUUUACCCAGCUCUGGGCCUCGGUUUCGACCCCCUCGGAGCUGCUGGAUUUGCAGCUCUAACUGCCAAGGUCUCCACUGCAUCCACCACAGCAGUUACCGGAAGCCACAGCAGCAGCAGCUUCACCACAGCACUCAGUAGCCCAUACAUCACCUGGACUCGCGUUAAAACAACGGGUGGCAGCGAGACCGUUAUUCCCGUAUGCCGAGACCCGUACUGUGCUGGCUGCCAAGUCAAUACCCAUGCAGCACAAGUCGUCAACGGCUCUUGCCCGCCUGGCUGCUCCCAGUGCUCACAAAUCAACACGUACUCCAAAAAUUUGUCAGCGGCGCUACCCAGCGUACUUCACUCACUGCCCGCCUCUGCACUAAGCAGUUUGUACGGACAUCCCAGUCUGUUGGGAGGAGCGGUGAGCAGCCAUCAGAACGUGUGCAAUUGGAUAUCAGGCGACAGCUACUGCGGCAAACGCUUCAACUCUGCUGAAGAACUCCUGCAGCAUCUCAGGAGUCAUACUUCCUCUGCUGUGGAUGCCUCAGCAGCUACACUAGCAUCACUUCACCACGCACUUCACCCUCCACACCCACUGCUAGCAGGUCAUCUGCCUCGUGGGUACCCAACUCCCCCGCUGUCACCCUUGUCAGCUUCAGCCAGGUAUCACCCGUAUGCCGCUAAGCCUUCUCUCACCCAUUUGCCGCCUUCAGCUCAUUUGCCUCCAGCGUCAGCUCUCUCGGUGGCAUCAUUUUCAGCUCUCGCACCUCACCCAUUAUCAGCUUACUAUAGCCCCUAUUCUAUUUAUGCUAGGAGCUUAGGCGCUACCGCUGGUCUUCACCCAUAGUAAAAAACUUUUUUAAUCUUGAAUCAUUUGUUGUCUUUUAUUAUCUUGUAAUGUACUUUAAUGGAAAACUGAAACGAAAUUUACUGCUAGAAAAUUGAUGGCAGUCAAUUAUACGCAAUAAUUGCCUAUUUCAUCGUCGGGAAAUCUCGCAUUGCCGCUGUUUUAUACAAGUUUAUCGAUUUUGUCGAAUCAGACUUCUGUAAUUGACUUCAGUAUUCAGGUACAGAAUCGAUAUUUGUGUAAGGAAUGGAAUAUCAUUCAGGACUGUGCAAAAUGAAAAUAUCCGUUUUAAUGUUAUUGUUAUUGUAAUUGUUUCGAGAGAUCUCAAAUUAUCUCGUAAGAAUAAUGGAUGUGUGAUGUUGGUUUUGAAGCGAGUCUCGUUGAAUUUUGGCGCGGGUAGCACGAGUUAGGUGUUCCUUGCUGCUCGACUCGCUGCCCCAGGUGUUGUCUGAAUAUCUUUGGCUGCUUAACACCCAAUAAUUAAGUGCCCUUUUGUUCCUGAUUUCAUUAUAGCCUAAAUAUUUGUUAUAAUUUGUUCACAGUCGAAAUAUCAUCGAAACCUAAGUACCGAAUGUUUAGCCAGGAAUUGAAUAUUAUGCAUUGUAAAAGACAAUCAUAAGUUUUUUGGGUUUUCACGCUUACUCAGCCAAGACUUGUGGUAAAUAUUUUGAAGACAGAUGGGCAUGAAUGUUUGUGAAUAAGAUUCAUCGCAAAAUAGAGUUCAAAUUCGAGGUAAUAACCUGCGAAGACAUUUCGGAUUCUAACGCGUAAUACGAAUUUGUUCUAGUAUGCUAUGAUUAUAGCUGAUAUGUAUUCGUUCGGUCACUUUCAGUUCGUAUAUGCGCCUAUGCACGAAAAUUAUUUCAAACAUCCUAAAGAUAAAAAGUGCUCGGUGUCACAUUUAUAAAUUGUUUUAAAUGAUUUUGCAUAUAGUACUUGUCUUUUACGGUCCAUUAAAAGUGGUUCGUGGCGUUACAAGACCUCUGAGACACAGAGCGCUAUUAUGUCGAGACUCGAGACGAAUUCAACAGGGUCGUAUUGAAAGUUUUCAUGCUCACCUCAAGUGUGGAGUUAUGUAGGUUGAAGUACUACAAGCUUCAUUUAUAUCUCCUGAACCGAAUUCUUACCAUAAACCACAUUCUUUUUGAGGUUGGUGAUAGCAUUAGGUAGGCUUAGAGUAUUGCACGAUAUCUGCGUGAUACUUGCAUCAGAAUAUUUAUCGUGCCCAUUUCUAAUCGUGUUAUGAUAUGAAUUUUUUCAUUUCCUAAAUACGCCAUGUCCAGAUUAAUAUGUAGUUCAGCCCUCGUAUUACUUCGAUUAAGACAAACUUAAUUGCGAAAUUAAAAAAAAAAUCAGGUUGUGGUUUUUAGUAAAGAAAUGUUUGUUUUAACCUGCCGCGAACCUUUUUAUCAGUCAUAUCAAUUGCCAAAGACUAAAUAGGCCUUUCCUUCUCACCGAUCCAAAAUUUAGUUUAGCUUAGUGUAGGCGGAAUACUGCUGUAUACCAUAGACCUAACUAUAUACUUUAUAAUAAAUGAUAUAUCUCAAACUACAUUUGAGAUUGAAGUACCAUACUGCUCUCCUUCUGUGAUGAAUGUUCUAUGUAAUGCGUCGAGGUAUUCCUUCUCGAUUUGCAUCAUCAUUUUCAAGUUCAGUGGAUUACUUCGAACAUCUCACUGUUUUUUCAUUUAGUUAAUAAAAGACAUUAUAUUUACCGUUGUUAAGUUGAAAGGUUUUCAGAAAUGGUCAAGUAUUAAAUCAACUAACUGUCCAUCCUCUACACAGUAGAGUUAAAGCCUGAAUAGGAUUUCCAAAAAGCCGUUUGUUUCUCUUGGUUCAUAUCACACGGGCUUCGUGAAGGUGUCAGCGAACUGGCCUAUUUGCUAACAUUUAAACGUAAUCGCGAAACAAACUAAGAUGUUCGAAUGUUCUAUUGCUUUCAUAUGUGGAAUUUUCUUCUAUUGAUUUCCCGGUCUUCUCGAAUAUCAGGAAUCUUUGGCAUUUUUUCAUUAUUUUACUCAUCAUGUUUUGCUCACAAAGCCUUCAACUUCAUGUAUUGGAAAACGCCGAAGUUGAAUUAUACUCAAUUCGAAAGAUCAUCUUUAACAAAUCAGUCGGCGCUCGUUGGCGUAACAGAUGACUAGAUCUAUUCACAAUUUCGGCCUCAGAACCUUCCAUUAGCCAGGCAUGAUUAAACUUGCAUGACGUCUGUAACGUCGCCUUGUAAUACAUGCCCAUCGAUCACGGGCACCCGUUUUAUUAUCAGCCAACGGCUUUCUGUCGAGGUCGUAACAAAUUUACGUUGAGAAAGACUGGCUCAACAUCGAUCUUUGGAGUGUGACAUGAAAUCCUUAAAAGACCAAGGUCACUUUCACGAAAUCUGUGUGAGGAAUGCCUGCUGGGAAGAAUUAUUUUUUAAUAUAUUGUACCGCUCUACAAAAAUAUAAUAAUUUUCGAUUACAUUUUCAUUGCGAUACAAAAAGUUUGUCACUAUUUUAACAUUGUACAAAUUAAGUAUUCUGAACAUAUGUGGGAUUCUCAAUUAAAAUUUAAACCUUCACUAUGUUUUUAACGCGCGAAAUAUGAAAUUUAAUACCACAAUUCUAGCCUGGAGAAAAAUCUUCCGUAGAAAUGUGCGUGUUAUUUGACUGGUUCUGUUGAUGUGCUCAAGGCUUGAGCUCCCUGACCACAUCAGUGCGUGGUCGGCAGCUUGCCUGAUAGCUUAUUACUUUAUGUUAUGUUUCAGUGUGUUGCCCCGAUAUGCUUGCACUUUAUAUGUGAAUAAAAUUAUUCGUCUUUGCCAUCUUAUGUACAGUCCUGUAUUAAAAUGAGAGAAAAUACAUUUAUUUACCUGUAA